GAGCUCAGACCACAACUUCCCCCCUCCCGCCUGUGACUUUUUUCGGAGGGUUAUUUUCGCACUUCAUCACUCUCGAGUGGCAAAACGUCUCCGGUCGGCGUGCCGGACUCGAGGGAACCGCCAUGACCUUGCGGCGCGGGAGGAGCCCGUUCCUGGUGGCCAUUGCUCUGUGGAUGAGUUUGGGUCGAGCCGCUGCCCUGACGGAACCCGAGAUCUGUUACGUGCUGGACGGUCUUCUGCUUUUGUACGGCAUCAUCCUGACGGCCCUCUUCUGCAGACUCAAGAUUCGAGCUGCGAAGGAGUCGGCGGAUGGGACCAAGGCGAAGGACCAGAAGUAUGCCGACGAAGGAAUCUACACGGGGUUGACUCCUCACGCCCAGGACACGUACGCGAUCAUCGACCUGAAGAAGUGACGGCGAGAGACAAAACCCAAUCAAUGUUUGGCAGAUGUCGGCCGGCCUUGGGGGGCGCUGAACAAUUUCUAAAGAUUGUAUUGCUCAAUUAAAAACUGGGGGGGACAUUU